GUCUUCCAGCCCCCUGGUGCUGAGCCCUGCGGAGGCUGCAUGGCCAGAGGAGGAAGAGGAAGAGGAGGAGGAGGAAGAGGAAGAGGAAGAGGAGGAGGAAGAGGAGGCGGCGACGGAAGAGGAGAAGAAGAAGAAGAAGCCCCAGGCUCUCCCAUCCAAGGAGGACUCUGUGGUGGAGGAGAAGGAGCUGGAGGAGAGCAGGCUGGAGCAGCAAGAGCUGUCCUGCAGCUCGGAGGCGACAGGAAUACCCUCUACUCCCUCACACGAUGAGACACAUGGCAGGGGGUCCGAGGAGCGGCAGUUUAAGGAGGUCCGAUCUAAUGGAGGAGAGGAGACAAACAUCAGCAAGGCCCAGGCAGCCGGCGGGGACGGAGCGAUGGGGGACUGUGCAGCUUCCCCUCUGGAUCCUGACAACGAGUCCCAGCUGAGCCCCAUUGGCAUUCUGUCCAAGGAUCGGGGCACUGUCCUCGGGGAGGUAGCUCCAGUGUGGGUCCCUGACGCUCAGGCGCAGGUCUGCAUGAAGUGUGGGGUCAAGUUUACGUUUACUAAGAGGAGGCAUCAUUGCCGUGCUUGUGGGAAGGUUUUUUGUGCGCUUUGCUCCAAUCUGAAGUUCAGACUCACACAUCUGGAUGGCAAGGAGGGCCGAGUUUGUGUUUGCUGCCAUUCAACCCUCGUCAAAAGGACACCUCCGAGGGGGAAAAGGAGGGUGUGGUUUGCAGAUGACAUCCUCGCUAAUAAGCAGUCGGCGUCCGCUCCGACCACACCGGUCAGAGGGUUCUCACCGCUGAUGAGACGAGCACUGGGCGGAAUGGUUAGAAGUCCCGUGGGUUCUCCACAGAUCAGGAGAGCCUUGCGGCCACAUGGGACUAAUAUCAACGAGGCCUGUGGUCCUUACGGCUGGGGCACCACAGCUUUAGUGAGCAGCUCUGCCAACCUCAUCCCCCAGGAUGGCCUGCCCCCCAUCCUCACCUCCACAGGAGUCAAAGGAGAUUACACUGUGGAGGAGCAGCCCUCUGAGGUGCUGCUCAUCCAGGAGCUGGAGAGUGGCCGGCCCAAGCCCCUGGUGUUCGUCCUCAAUGCCAACCUGCUUGCUAUGGUCAAGCUGGUCAACUACGUUAACAGGAAAUGCUGGUGCGUGACCACGAAGGGAAUGCACGCUGUGGGCCAGGUGGAGGUGGUGCUGUUGCUGCAGUGUUUGCCUGAAGAGAAGAGCUUCCCCAAAGACAUUUUCAGCCACAUUAUCCAGCUGUACAGGGACACGCUCACAGGAAAGGUCGUGAAACACCUGUCGCUGUCCUUGUUUGGCACCAGCUUCCUGGGCAGUGAGGAGCACGCGGGCUUCCUGUACAUUCGCUCCACUCUCCAGUCCCUUCAAGGUCUACCUCUGCCAAACCAGCCCUACCUCUUUGGCCUGCUGGUCCACCGAGCGGAGCUGGCCUGGGCCAAAGCCUUUCCUUUGCGUCUCAUGCUGCGAUUGGGGGCCGAAUACAGAUUUUACCCGUGUCCUCUGUACAGCGUGCGCUUUAGGAAGCCCUUGUUCGGGGAAAUUGGCCACACCAUAAUGAGACUGUUGAUGGACUUUAGGAAUUACCGUUACAGCCUACCGAUGGUGCCGGGGCUCACUGUGGAUCUAGAGGCUCAGAGGACCUGCAUAAAGAUACCGACCACUGGGUAUAAUGAGCUAAUGAAGGCUUUGAAUAAGUCCAAUGAGCAUGUGCUGGCCAUUGGGGCGUGCUUCAAUGAGACUGCAGACUCCCACCUCAUCUGCGUGCAAGGAGACGACGGCCAGUACCAGACCCAGGCCAUCAGCAUCCACAACCAGCCUCGCAAAGUGACUGGAUCAUGCUUUUUUAUAUUCAGCAGUGCACUGAAAGCCUCUGCGGGAUACCAUGCCAAGUCCAGCAUCGUAGAAGAUGGACUGAUGGUGCAGAUCACCGUGGAAACCAUGGCCGAGCUCCGCCGGUCGCUACGGGACAUGAAAGACUACUCCGUCACCUGUGGACGGCUCGACCAAUCAGACAGCCAGGAGCUCGUGUGUGUCCAGUGGGUGGAGGAGAAAUGCUCCGUGAAUAUAGGAGUUAUGAGCCCCAUCGAUGGGAAGUCCAUGGAGUCCACCUGCAGCACCAAGAUGUUUCAGAAGUCCGAAUACAAAGAAAACGGGAAGAUCAUCCGCUGGACAGAAGUUUUUUUCCUGCAGAGGGGGAAUCCCCUCAAAGGAGGAGUGACCGACUCUGCCGAGCACGACCGGCUAACGGAGCGCAUCGCCCGGGCGUUCUGCUUGGCCCUCUGUCCUCACCUCAAACUGCUGAAGGAGGACGGGAUGGCCAAGCUGGGGCUGCGCGUGGCCUUCGACUCUCAGGAGGUGGGAUUUGUGGCUGGGAGCAAUGGGCUUCCCCUCCCAGCUCAGUACAUGAACGCCCUGGACAGCGUGCUGAUCCCCGUCAUACACAGCAGGGGGCGCAAGAGGGGCGACGAGCCCAUCGUGAUGGAGCUCAUCUUUUACAUCCUGGAGAACAUCAGUUAGAGCGCACACACACCCCACAACUAGUUCAUCUUUUCAACCCCUGACCACAACUCAACAGCUUCGGGGGCAAUACAAGCAUUCAAAGGGCGAACCGGACCACAUCCAAGGUCUGCAUACAUCUCAUCCACUCACGAGUAGAGAGAAGUGGUUAGUGGUCUAAUGAUCUCAGCCUGCAGCAGACAAUCUGGGUACGCAUGUAAACCUAGGACGGGCCUUCAGAUCACUGUACACUGUACAGUAGUAGCAACGUCAUUGCUUGAUAUCAUCCACGUCACAAUGUUCAAAUGGAGAAUAUACCUUUAACGGUGGGAGCUGGAUUCAGCCCCACGACCUAAAAGCAAAAAGAAACAGAAUGACUCGAGGAACAGUAUGUAGUAGAUCUGUAGCAACUGGAUGCACACUGAAUGAAUGCCUAAAGGAUGUUUUCAUACUGGUUGUAUUUUAAUUGAUUGCUCAUGAAAUGUAAUGUCGGCCUGGAAUUAAACUUGCAACAACGA